AUGAUUUCCCAACUCGUAUACCUGCCAUAUGAUGUGCCGGUGCUCAUCGCCGCAGCAAGCGCCCUUUUGAUCCUGUAUUAUCUGCCUGUGGGUCUUUUCAGCACUCUCCGGGAUAUCAAAGGCCCAACACUCGCGCGAUAUACUCGUUUGUGGGAGCUGUACAAGAACUGGCAAGGCCAAUUGGAACAUGUCACAGUUGCUUUGCAUAAACAAUAUGGCCCUAUUGUCCGGCUGGCACCUAAUCGUUACAGCAUUAGCGACCCGACGGCAAUUCGCACCAUUUACGGCCCCGGUUCAAAGUUCAGCAAAUCUGAAUUUUACACCCCCUUUGGUUCAUCUUCUAUGGACCACAAGGACGUCUUUUCGGAGACAAGCAAUGAGAAACAUGCGCUAGAGCGCAAGAGGACCUCUAACUUGUACGCCAUGAGCUCUUUGGUGUCCUACGAGCCAUUCGUAGACAAAGUGGGUGGCGAAUUCAUGGCCGCAUUGGCCGACCAUGCCCAGCACGGUCAGGCGUUCGAUUUAUUCACCUGGAUGCAGUUUUACGCAUUCGAUGUAAUUGGUGAAAUAACCCUAGGGCGAUCAUUUGGCUUGCUUAAAGUCGGCCACGACAAGGACAGACUUCUGCAUGCUGUUCAUGUCGGGUCAAUAAGUUACGGUUCCAUGGUGGGGCUUGUUCCUGAGAUUCAUCUAUGGUACCACUGGUUUCAAAACCUCGUACCAAUCGAGAGUCAUUGGAGAGUCAUACAAAGAGUUAUAGAGAGUGAGAUUGGUGCCAGAAUGAAGGGCGUCAGUACCAGCGAUCGCAAGGACUUCCUGGCGAAGUGUGUCGAAUUGAACAACGCUCGCAAGCUGGAUCAGACCACGAUCAAUAAUGUGAUCGGUGCCAACAUCGGCGCUGGCUCCGACACAACUGGCAUCAGCAUGAGUGCUAUUAUCUACUUCCUCAUGAAGCAUCCUGAUUGCUUACAGAAGCUCCGUGAUGAGAUUGAGACGGCCACGGGGCAAGGAAAUCUUUCUGACCCCGCUACUUUCCAAGAAGGUCAAAAGCUUUCAUACUUGCAAGCUACCAUUAAAGAAGCAUUGAGGCUGCAUCCAGCAGUCGGCCAGAUUCUCAGCCGAGUGGUUCCUGAGGGCGGCGCACAGAUCGCUGGUAGACACUUCCCACAAGGUACGGUGGUGGGCGUGAAUGCAUGGGUGAUCCAUAGCGAUGAAACCAUCUGGGGCAAAGAUGUACACGAGUUUCGACCUGAGCGUUGGUUGGUUGGCAAAGAACAACUUGCCUUCUUAGAUCGAUAUUUCUUGGCGUUUGGUGCCGGUGCAAGAACAUGCAUCGGCAAGAACAUCUCACUCCUCGAAAUGACAAAACUUUUACCGCAGCUCGUGCGGCGGUUUGACUUUGUCCCUACCGGCGACAGCCAGUGGACGACUAGUAGUGGAUGGUUUGUCAAGCCAAAUAUUCAAGUAAGAAUCGUUGACAGAGAACAUGAGACAAAAACAUCUCGGUCUUGA